AUGCAUCGACGUGCAUUAGCAGGCAGGGAGAAAACCCUCGGACUACGUCAUCUAGAUACCUUACAGAGUGUUAAUAAUCUCGGUACAACUCUGAGUAAGCAAGGGAAGUACGGGGAGGCCGAGGUUAUGCACCGACGGGCAUUGGAGGGCAGAGAAAAAGCGCUCGGGCUGGACCAUCGAGAUACAUUGCAGAGCGUUAGGGACCUAGGUGUUGCGCUGAAUCGUCAGGAAAAGUACGACGAAGCGGAGAUUACGCAUCGACGUGCAUUGGUGGGCAGGGAGAAAACGCUCGGGCCAGAUGAUCGAGAUACCCUACAGAGCAUUCGUGAUAUGGGUGUGGUGCUACAUUGUCAGGAAAAGUACCGCGAGGCCAAGAAAAUGCACCGACGUGCGUUGGCGGGCGCCGAGAGAACCCUCGGACUGGAUCAUCGGGAUACCUUACAGAGUAGUGUCAACAAUCUCGGUACGACCCUGCGUAGUCAAGGAAAUUACGGUGAGGCCGAGGUUAUGCACCGACGAGCAUUAGCGGGCAGAGAGAAAGCUUUCGGCCUAGACCAUCGAGAUACCUUUGAGAGUAUUCAUGAUCUCGGUGUGGCACUGCAUUGUCAGGAAAAGUACGCUGAGGCAGCGGGUAUGCAUCAACGUGCAUUGGGGGGUAGGGAAAAUACCCUCGGGCUAGAUCAUCAAGACACCUUACAGAGUGUCAACAAUCUCGGCACGACUCUGUACAGUCAGGGAAAGUAUGACCAGGCCGAGAUUAUGCAUCGACGUGCAUUGGUGGGGAGAGAGAAAAAGCUCGGCCUGAAUCAUCAAGAUACCCUUGCGACUGUCGACAGUCUUGGCACAACUCUGAAUAGUCAAGGAAAGUACAACGAAGCUGAGAUUAUGCAUCGGCGUGCAUUCAUCGGCAGAGAGACAGCUCUCGGGCUCGAUCAUCGAGAUACCUUGUGGAGUGUCAACAAUCUCGGUACAACUCUGCGCAGUCAAGGAAAGUACGAAGAAGCGGUGGUUAUGCAUCGACGUGCAUUGGCUGGCAGAGAGAGAACCCUCGGGCCCGAUCAUCGAAAGACCUUAUGGAGUGUCAACAAUCUCGGUACGACUUUGCGUAGUCAAGGAAUGUACAAUGAAGCUGAGAUCAUGUACCUACGCGCAUUGGCGGGCAGAGAGAAAAUCCUCGGGUUAGAUCAUCCAGAUACUUUACAGAGUGUUAGGGAUCUAGGCGUGGCGCUUUAUCGUCAGGAAAAGUACAAUGAAGCGGAGAUCAUGCAUCGGCGUGCCUUUGAGGGCCAGGAGAAAAUGCUAGGGUUAGGCAAUCGAGAUACCCCACAUAGUGUCAAUAAUUCAGGUGCUGUGCUGCAUGAUCAGACAAUGAACAACAAAACGGAAAUUGUGCAUCCAGAUGCAACAGUAGGGGCGCAGAGCUCGCUUGGAACACAUCGCGCAGACUUCCUACAAGGUGUUUUCCGACUAGCUGUGACGCUUCUCACCGAGAGAAAGUAUGAAGAAGCUGAGAUCAUGUAUCGGCAUGGCCUUGGGGCUAUGGAAAAGGUUCUGGUGACAAAUCAUCCAGGUGCCCUCGAUAGUAUGAAUAUGCUCGGCGAAACGCUGCUUGAUCUGGAAAGGUAUGACGAAGCGGAGGCUAUGUGCCGACGUGCGUUGGCGGGUAGAGAGAAAUCUCUAGGAGUAGAUCAUCCAGCUACCCUUACAAGCGCCGAUAACCUUGGUCGGAUACUAUAUCACCAGAGAAAGUACGAAGAGGCGGAAAUCCUGUUUCAAUCUACGAAGGUGGGCCGAAAAAAAGUGCUGGGGCUAUAUCAUCCAGAUACUCUACUGAGCGCCCUUCGACUGGGUGUGACUCUACUUGAUCGGAAAAAGUAUGGAGAAGCUGAAACCAUUUAUCAACAUGCCCUAGGGGUCAUGGAGAAUGCCCUGGGGCCUGAUCAUCCGGAGGUCCUCGACAGCAUGAAUACCUUAGCCGAGACGCUGCUUGAUUUGAAGAAGUAUAGCGAAGCGGAAGCUAUGUGUCGGCGUGCGCUAGCGGGUAGAGAGAAGACACUUGGACUAGAUCAUCGAGAUACCUUACUAAGUAUCAAUAAUCUUGGUGUGGCACUCCGUAAUCAGGAUAAACACCACGAAGCGGAGAUCAGUUAUCGACGUGCAUUGAUAGGUGCCGAAAAGACGCUUGGGCUUGACCACCGGGAUACCCUAGUGUGCAUCUAUAAUCUGGCUGGGGCAUUGCACAGGCAGAGGAAGUAUGAUGAGGCGGAGAUGAUGCACCGGCGUGCGCUUGCAGGGCGAGAGAAGAUUCUAGGGCUAGGUCAUCGGCACACCCUUCGCAGCCUUAUCAAGCUUGGGGCAGUACUGCACGAGAAUAGAAAAUACGAUGAAGCGGAGAUUAUGUAUCGACGCGCAGUCACGGAGGCAGAGAGAGCCCUAGGACCGGGGCAUCAUGUGACUCUAAAAAACUUUAAUAACCUCUCGAUGUUUCUCUAUGCCCGGGAGACAAGGCCUUCGAACUAG